ACGCAUAAAGUAAAUAGGCUCCUCCUAGUCAAGACACCGCCAUAAAGAUGUGACAAUAUUUAAGAAUAGGUCAUCCCAUGCUCUCUCUUGAGAACAGUGUCGGUGAGAUCGAUUUCAUUACUUUUCAGAGACGCUCACAUGGUUAGAGAGAUGAACUUCGAGGGGGACAGCGGCCUGUCAGGGAUUUGUGGCAAUGGGAAACUUAGACAGUGGCUGAUCGAUCAGAUUGACAGCAGCAUCUAUCCCGGACUGGUUUGGGAGAAUGAAGAGAAAAGCAUUUUCAGGAUUCCGUGGAAACAUGCGGGCAAACAGGAUUACAAUCGUGACGAGGAUGCUGCACUCUUCAAGGCCUGGGCAUUGUUCAAAGGGAAACAUAGGGAAGGAGUGGACAAACCAGACCCCCCCACAUGGAAGACCAGACUGCGAUGUGCUCUGAACAAAAGCAAUGACUUUGAUGAGCUGGUGGAGCGAAGCCAACUGGACAUAUCCGAUCCUUUCAAAGUCUACAGAAUCAUACCGGAGGGAGCUAAGAGAGGGAUCAAGAUGGCAGAGACGACGUCCCACAUGAGCUCAGUCAACAGCUACCCUAUGCACUCUCUAUACCCAUCUCUACAGAGCCAGGUGUCUGGCGGAUUCAUGAUUCCUCAGGAGAGGAAGGAGUGGAGGGAUUACAGCCACACACUGGACCCGCCUCAGCUUCACCAGCCACCCCACACUGAGCUGCAGUACAGCCAGUGCCACUACCCACAGCCACUCAGCCGUCCCUGGCACACUGGGCCACACACAGAUAACGGUUAUCAGUUUACUGGCUCCUUCUGUUCCUACUCUUCCUCAGAGUCUCACCCCACAGCAUUUAAAAUGGACCACAACAUGUCUACCCUUUCUGACUUCCGACUGCACGUAUCCCUGUUCUACCGUGAGUCUCUGGUCAAGAAGGUAACCACCUCUAGUCCUGAAGGCUGCCGGAUCACCUCUUCUUCCUCCUCAUCUUCCUCUCCGUCCUCCCUCUGCCACGAGGACAGGCUGUACAGUGGUGCAGAGACGGUGCAGUUCCCCUCCCCUUACCCCCAGUCUCAGAGGAGAGGGGCAGAGAAGCUACCCAACGUCCUGGAGAGGGGCGUGCUCCUGUGGAUGACGUUAGAUGGGCUCUAUGCCAAGCGGUUGUGCCAGAGCCGAGUGUACUGGGAAGGCCCGCUGGCACCCUACACGGACAAACCCAAUAAAUUGGAGAAAGAACAGACCUGCAAGCUGUUUGACACCCAGCAGUUCCUCACUGAGCUGCAGGGGUAUGCCCACCAUGGCCGUCCCAUGCCCAGGCACCAGGUGGUGCUGUGUUUCGGAGACGAGUACCCGGACACCCAGCGCCAGGCCAAGAUGAUCACAGCACAGGUGGAGCCCAUGUUUGCCAGGGGCAUGAUAUACUUCAGCCAGCAGAGCAGCAGUCACUGCCUGAGGGACUAUGAGCUACAGGGACACACAGAGAUCUCCCUUCCGGCUCCAGGAGUCUACCAGAGGACCCUUCAACAGAGCUCCCCUUUAGCUCCAGGAGACUACCAGAGGACCCUUCAACAGAGCUCCCCUCUAGCUCCAGGAGACUAUCAGAGGACUCUGCAACACAUGCAGGAGUAACACACAAACAGGCCCCAGGAGCCAUGGACAUGAAUGUAGAUUGACCAAUGAGCUUUACAUCGCUUCUCCUGAAUAGUGUACAGUAUACUGAGGUCUUGGACUAAAAUACCUUACUGUAAUUUUAACGUAAGACUGGACUGUGCCUCCAUCGUCAGUGUCAGCAGUUUGAGCCAAUGAUCAAUGUUAAAAAUGGGGGCGCUUAAAGAAUCUACCCUAGUUUGUACAGCCUUACAAUUAUUUUUGUAAUCAACCAUUUUUUUUGUUGUUCUAUUAAAUGCUAUGAAAAAGUGAAAACCUAUCACACGAGGUGGCGCGCAGGCCUAUCACACGAGGUGGUGUGCAGGCCUAUCACAUGAGGUGGCGCGCAGGCCUAUCACAUGAGGUGGCGCGCAGGCCUAUCACAUGAGGUGGCGCGCAGGCCUAUCACACGAGGUGGCGCGCAGGCCUAUCACACGAGGUGGCGUGCAGGCCUAUCACACGAGGUGGCGUGCAGGCCUAUCACACGAGGUGGCGUGCAGGCCUAUCACAUGAGGUGGCGUGCAGGCCUAUCACACGAGGUGGCGUGCAGGCCUAUCACACGAGGUGGCGCGCAGGCCUAUCACAUGAGGUGGCGUGCAGGCCUAUCACACGAGGUGGCGUGCAGGCCUAUCACACGAGGUGGCGUGCAGGCCUAUCACACGAGGUGGCGCGCAGGCCUAUCACAUGAGGUGGCGUGCAGGCCUAUCACAUGAGGUGGCGCGCAGGCCUAUCACAUGAGGUGGCGUGCAGGCCUAUCACAUGAGGUGGCGUGCAGGCCUAUCACAUGAGGUGGCGUGCAGGCCUAUCACAUGAGGUGGCGUGCAGGCCUAUCACAUGAGGUGGCGUGCAGGCCUAUCACAUGAGGUGGCGUGCAGGCCUAUCACAUGAGGUGGCGUGCAGGCCUAUCACAUGAGGUGGCGUGCAGGCCUAUCACAUGAGGUGGCGUGCAGGCCUAUCACAUGAGGUGGCGUGCAGGCCUAUCACACGAGGUGAUGUGUGUUACUCGUAUUCCUGUGACAUCUGUGGGUGCUGAUGGGAAAGCUCCUGACCUGUGAUAGUGGUGUGGGAGGGAGAACCCCACUACUUAGCCUCUCUCGUUCUCCUCUCUCUCAUUUUCUUUCAACGAGAGGGGGAUGCAUGUGUAUUUGUGUGCAUGUGACAUGGUGACAGUGUAUAGGAUGUGGUUUGGGGUAGAGGGUUUAGGGUGGGUGAUGGGGGACCAAUGUGAAGCAGAGAGGGACUGUCAGAAGCAGGAAGCACAAUUCACAGGUGCACAGGAAGAAGAGUAGCCCUUAUGAGAAAUUAAGACUUGAGAAGGAAGAAGAAGCCAAAUGUAUAUGAUUGAAGAAUACAAAUGGAUCAUUGAUAUAUUGAAGUGUCUCACACAGAGAGAAUUUCUGUGUAGUAUAUUUUCACCCAUUUAUCAAACAAUCUAUGAAAGUGGUUUACUCCACUUAAGGCCAGGCACUGAAUACAAAUCCCUUGACAUAUUUUGAUUAUUUCUGAACAACAAUAGGUAACUUUGAUGCAACUUAACUGAAUAACGAUUAUUGUAUUCUUCUAUUUUCUUGAUUAUCCGGCUCCAUAAUCUUCCAAUCAUAUAUUUCUAUUGUCUACUACUUCACCAUCUCACAACUGAUUGAAAAAAGGGCAACCCUGGUGUACAGUGCUUUCGGAAAGUAGUCAGACCCCUUUACUUUUCUCACAUUUUGUAACGUUACAGCCUUAUUCUAAAAUGUUUUCAAUUAUUAUUUAUUUCUGAUGAAUCUACACACAAUACAAAACAGACCCUUUGCUAUGACACUUGAAAUUGGCGAAUUGUCUACAGUCCCACAGUUGAUAGUGCAUGUCAUAGUAAAAACCAAGCCCUGAGGUCGAAGGAAUUGUCCUCAGAGCUCAGAGAGGAUUGUGUCGAGGCACAGAUCUGGGGAAGGGUACAAAAACAUUUCUGCAGCAUCGAAAGUCCCCAAGAACACAGUGGCAUCCAUUAUUCUUAAAUGGAAGAGGUUUGGAACCACCAAGACUCUUCCUAGAGCUGACUGCCCGGCCAAACUGAGCAAUCGGAGGAAAGGGCCUUGGUCAGGGAGGUGACCAAAAACCCGAUUGUCACUUUGACAGAGCUCCAGAGUUACUCUGUGGAAAUGGGAGAACCUUCCAGAAGGACAAACAUCUAUGCAGCACUCCACCAAUCAGGCCUUUAUGGUAGAGUGGCCAGAAGGAAGCCAGUCCUCAGUAAAAGGCGCAUGACAGCCCACUUGGAGUUUGCCCAAAGGCACCUAAAGGACUCUCAGACCAUGACAAACAAUAUUCUCUGAUCUUAUGAAACCAAGAUUGAACUCUUUGGCAUGAAUGCCAAGCGUCACAUCUGGAGGAAACAUGGCACCAUCCCUGCUGUGAAGCAUGGUUGUGGCAGCAUCAUGCUGUGGGGAUGUUUUUCAGCGGCAGGUACUGGGAGACUAGUCAGGAUCGAGGGAAAGACGAAUGGAGCAAAGCACAGAGAGAUCCUUGAUGAAAACCUGCUCCAUAGCGCUCAGGACCUCAGACUGGGACAAAGGUUCACCUUCCAACAGGACAACAACCCUAAGCACACAGCCAAGACAAUGCAGGAGGGGUUUCGGGACAAGUCUCUGAAUGUCCUUGAGUGGGCCAGCCAGAACCCGGAAUCUCUUUUUUUGCUUGUCAUUAUGGGGUAUUUAUUGUGUGUAGAUUGAUCAGGAGAAAAAACUAUUAUAUUAAUUUUAUACUAAGGCUACAAAAAGUGGAAAAAGUCAAGGGGUAUGAAUACUUUCCGAAUGCACUGUACAUGUACCAGUAAUAUACAACUCCAAUUCGAGAGCAAUUGUUGUUAUCAGUUGUCUAGUGGUGGAGGGGAGGAAGCUGUUAUAACAAAUUGUUUCCCCUUGGCAGCUGGAUGUGAUGGAGGACACUGGCGUAGCACACACCACAUGGGGCCCACAAGCUUUGCCCCCAAAAACACUUUGAACAUUAUAAAUUUCCACGUAAGCUCUAUGCCUGGAAAUGCCCUUGUCAGGAGCAAAGGAUCCCAAUAUUAAACUCUCCAAAAAAGUGUUUAAAAUUCCCAAAACUGUCAAUAAUGGAUAUUAACUGAAAAAUGAUCGUAUGUAGUGUCUUGCAAUAGCCCUUUCUGACUCUUAAAGAAUAUUUCUCUCAGAACUGUGAUUCCUAAACGAUGUGUCUGGAGAUUUGAUACAUUUGGACUCGUUAUUCAUUUCAUCAUUACAUGUAGUGCAACAAGACCACUCAUGGUCUGUAAAGCUCCUUACUUUUGAUAGAUUUAAACCAACAAUAUUGGAAUCACCAUGGUCACAACCUUAAACUGUCAACUCCAUCUGCCUGGUAGAAUAUGAAUUUGUAGUUCAAAUAUGUCGUGAGUGAGGCAGGCAAAAACGGGAGGAGAGAAGGACGGGAAAAAAACAGCGCUCCGAAAAAACAACACCUCACAGUGAUGGGGUGCAAGGAACUGAACUAGAUAGUGUGGGAUGAUGACAUGCAGGUGUGUGGAACAGGUGAUUAGAAUACCAGUGAUGGGGAUCUGGAGAGUGAGAUGGAAAGUGGUCUGCGUUUCCGGGAUCGAAGUGUUUGGGAAUGUGAGUUGGACGCAGACGUUACAGUGUGGAACUUCUUCCGUCCCUUUUCUCGGUCUUAGCUAGCCACUGACUACACUUAGGCUGGCUAGUUAGCAGAGCAGUAGAUAUAUUUUAGUAUUACUUAGCCUAGAUCAUUAUUUGUACAGUAUGUCAACUUUGGUGUCUAUUUCAGACCUUGUGAAGGAUUUUUGAAGGAUGAGCAUAAGAGCAUUAAAAGGGGAGAAGACUAUAAGUCUGGCCAUGUGGAGAAGUGCAGCUAUAGUGAGGGGCAACUUACCGGUUUGGAGAGGGCAAGCAUGAGGGUUAAAGUUAUCCUGUGUCAGUGAGUGUAGGCAUGAGGGAUAAAGUUUAUCCUGUGUCAGUGAGUGUAGGCAUGAGGGAUAAAGUUUAUCCUGUGUCAGGGAGUGUAGGCAUGAGGGAUACAGUUUAUCCUGUGUCAGUGAGUGUAGGCAUGAGGGAUACAGUUUAUCCUGUGUCAAUGAGUGUAGCUCUAUUAAGUUUAAGUUUGAGCAUCUUAGCAAUACAAUGUGUUCUAUGCUGCCGACAAGACAACAUUCUACAAGGAUAGAGCCACUUAUUAAAUUAUAUAAUCAUAAACCAGAUCACCAAGGAUACCAGACAGAUGAGUAUUAACUCAGUUCUGGGAUGUUGUCAUUGAUGAGAAUGAACCUAAAAACAUAUUGACAUUCAGAAUUGACUUUAUUUAGACAUCCAGUCUGUAUUGUAGUUUCAUGAUCAGAGACAAAUCAUCAAAGACACAGUAUUUAUUUAUUCCGUGUGCUACAUGCAUUCACACAGUCUUGAUUUAUAGGAUCCUUCCCACUAUACGAUUGAUAUGUCAAGUAAUAAAAUCCCAAGUUAUUAAUUAAACGUUUAUGGAAAAACUGCACUUGUCCUCGUGAAAAUGACAGUUUAUUAAAUAUUCUACAGCUGUAAUGUCAUCAAUCAAAUACAUUUGAUCUAUUUAUUUAUAUAGCACAUCCUUCCUCUUGGCAGGUCUCUAUAGAUGACCAGGGUAUUCUCUCUACCACAUACUGAUGAAUGCCUCUGUGGAGCUCAAAAGUAUAGCUAUGCAGCCAAAUGUGGCGGUUCACAAUAUCGGCCGUACGGAUGUGGAAUGCGAGUGGAGGAAGCCAGCCGUGCCCAACCAGGUGCAGUCAGUGUAGGACCUACAAUGUAUUUGGAAAGUAUUCAGACCCCUUGACCUUUUAAACAUUUUAUGUUAUGUUACAGCCUUAUUCUAAAAUUGAUUAAAUUGUUUUUUCCCCUCAUCAAUCUACACACAAUACCCCACAAUUACAAAGCAAAAGCAGGUUUUUAGAAAUCUUGCAUAUUAAAGAAAAAAAAAAAAGCAUUUACGGAAUUAUUCAGACCCUUCACUCAGUACUUUGUUGAAGCACCUUGAUGCUGCCACCACCAUAAUUCACAGCAGGGAUGGUGCCGGGUUUCCUCCAGACGUGACGCUUGGCAUUCAUGCCAACGUGUUCAAUCUUGGUUUCAUCAGACCAGAGAAUAUAGUUUGUAAUGGUCUGAGAGUCCUUUAGGUGCCUUUGGGCAAACUCCAAGCGGGCUGUCAUGUGCUUUUUCCUGAGGAGUGGGUUCCUUCUGGCCACUCUACCAUAAAGGCCUGAUCGGUGGUGUGCUGCAGAGAUGGUUGUCCUUCUAGAAGGUUAUCCCAUCUCCACACAGAAACUCUGGAGCUCUGUCAAAGUGACUAGCAGGUUCUUGGUCACCUCCCUGACCAAGGCCUUUCUCUCCUGAUUGUUAAGUUUGGGGGGAUGGCCAGCUCUAGGAAGAGUCUUGGUGGUUCCAAACCUCUUGAAUUUCAGAAUGAUUAAGGCCACUGUGUUCCUGGGGACGUUUGAUGCUGCAGAAAUGUUUUUGUACCUUUCCCCAGAUCUGUGCCUUGACACAAUCCUGUCUCUGAGCUCUAUGGACAAUUCCUUCAACCUUAUGGCGUUGCUUUUGCACUGACAUGCACUGUUAACUGUGGGACCUUAUAUAGAAAUAUGUGCCUUUCCAAACCAUUUACAGUCAAUUGAAUUUACCACAGGUGGACUCCAAGUUGUAGAAACAUCUCAAGGAUCUCAAUUUCAAGUCUCAUAGCAAAGGGUCAGAAUACAUAUGAGGUAUUGUGUUUAGAUUGAUGAGGAUUUGUAUUUAUAUCAUCACCAUCCCCAUUUUAGAAUAAGGCGGUAACGUAACAAAAUGUGGAAAAAGGAAGGGGUGUGAAUACUUUCCGAAUGCACUGUAUACCCAGCCAAAGACCACAACCCUCUGUCCAGAGAGCUCACAGAGGAGGAUCUUUAUUGGCUAAGGAACCAUCUCUGGGGCAGGUUCAGUGGAAUGGCAUAGAACAACUGACACCCACCUUGUUAUCCCUGUCUGUACCAGACAUCGUUAAAAAACAAGGGCACCUGGGGUAUGCAGGCACCAACCGCAACUCGCACACCAUGAGGAGAAUGACAGCAAUUAUGGAGCAGUGGUUAGGGCCAAGCUCGUUACUCCGUUGCUGCGGAAACGGGUCUUCAGAUCAGUCAUUAAAUGGGGUGCUGUCUGUAAAGUGGGACACAGAUAAUGAAGAGGAGGCAUUCAAAAUGGCUACAUGGAUGGAUGUGCAGGAGCCAGGGCUUUGGGUCAAGGGGUCUGAGAUCCUGGAUACCUCACUGCUGGUCUGGUGGGGACCACAGCAGUGGUGGAGGUCAAGUGUCCCUAUGCUGCAAAGGACCUUACCAUUGACGAGGCAUUGAAGUCAACGCAUUUCUGUAUCAAGGAGGGAGGGUCUUACCGCCUCUGUGAAGACCAUCCUUACUGGCACCAGGUCCAGGGGUCAACUCCACAUCACUGGAAGGGACACCUGCUUCUUUGUUUUAAGGACCACCAAAGCCUCCAUCUGUCACGCCCUGACCGUAGAUUGCUUUGUAUGUUUCUAUUUUUUGUUUCGUCAGGGUGUGAUGUGGGUGGGCAACCUAUGUUUGUAUGUCUAGGUUUUGUAUUUGUAUGUUUUGGCCGUGCAAGGUUCUCAAUCAGGGACAGCUGUCAUUCGUUGUCUCUGAUUGAGAACCAUACUUAGGUAGCCUGUUUUCCCACUGUUAGUUGUGGGUUGUUAUUUUUUGUUUGUGUUGGUUGCACCUUGCAGAACUGUUUCGGCUAUUCUUUUGUUAUUUUGUAUUCAGUGUUCAGUCAGCUAAGCUAAUAAAGAUGAACACGUACCCCGUUGCAUUUUGGUCCAAUGACUCCUCUUCUUCUGACGAAAGCCGUGACAGAACCAUCCACCACAAACGGACCAAGCAGUGGGGUAACAGGGAGCAGAGGUUGAUGGACUCAUGGACAUGGGGGGAAUAUUGGACGGCAAGGGACCCUGGAGACAGGCUGGGGAAUAUCGCCGCUCCAAAUAAGAACUGGAGGCAGCUAAAGCUGAGCGGUGGCGAUAUGAGGUAAGGCAGUGCAACAGGCACGAGAGGCAGCCCUAAAAACUUUUGGGAGGGGGCACACGGGGAGAUUGGCGGAGUCAGGCGAGAGACCUGAGCCAAUUCCCCGUGCUUACCGGAAGCAGCGUGGUACUGGUCAGACACCGUGUUAUGCGAUGAAGCGCAUGGUGUCGCCAGUGCGCGCUCAUAGCCCUGAGGGCUAUAUGCCAGCACCCCGCAAGUGCCAUGCGAGAGUGGGCAUCCAGCCAGGGUGGAUUGUGCCAGCUCAGCGCGUUUGGUCUCCGGUGCGCCGUUUCGGUCCAGGGUAUCCUGCGCCGGCUCUGCGUACUGUGUCUCCGGGGCAUUGGGAGGGUGCAGUUCGCCCUAUGCCUGCACUCCGCCCGUGCCGGGUAAAUGUGGGCAUUUAGCCUAAGGGAGAGGUGCGAGGGGUAUGCACCAGAUCUCCAGUGCUCCCCCACAGCCCGGUUCGACCUGUGCCUGCACUCUGGAGGGUCCGGGCUAAAGUGGUCAUCCAGCCUGGAGGAGUGGUGCGAAUGCUGCGCACCAGAGCUUCAGUGCUCCCCCACAGCCCGGUCCAUCCGGUGCCUCCUCCACGCACCAGGCCUCCUGUAGGUCUCUCCAGCCUGGUGGGCCCUGUGGCAACCCCAUGCACCAGGCUGUCUCUCUGUCUACUCCCUCCAGGUUCUCCCUCCAGUCCGGAGCCACCAGAGUCUCCCUCCUGUCUGGGGCUGCCAGAGCCGCCCGUCAGUCCGGAGCUACCAGAGCUGCCCGUCAGUCCAGAGCUGCAAGAGCAGCCCAUCAGUCCAGAGGCACCAGAGCCGCCCGUCAGUCCAGAGGCGCCACUCACUCCAGACUCGACCAUCAGUCCAGUGGCGUCCUUUAGUCUGGGGUCAGCAGUGAGGGUUCCCGCUCCAGAGGCAUUACUGAAGUGGGCCGAGUCAGAAGUGGGGCGGGGUCCACGUCCCUCACCAGAACCACCACCGCGGAGUAAUGCCCAGACCCUCCCCUAUAGGUUCAGGUUUUGCGGCCGGAGUCCGCACCUUUGGGGGCUACUGUCACGCCCUGACCGUAGAUUGCUUUGUAUGUUUCUAUUUUUUGUUUGGUCAGGGUGUGAUGUGGGUGGGCAUUCUAUGUUUAUAUGUCUAUGUUUUGUCAGGGACAGCUGUCUUUGGUUGUCUCUGAUUGAGAACCAUACUUAGGUAGCCUGUUUUCCCACUGUUAGUUGUGAGUUGUUAUUUUUUGUUUGUGUUGGUUGCACCUUGCAGAACUGUUUCGGGUAUUCUUUUGUUAUUUUGUAUUCAGUGUUCAGUCAGUUAAGCUAAUAAAGAUGAACACGUACCCCGCUG